AUGUGGGAUGAUGUCUUAAAAGAUGAGAGAGGAUGGAGAAUAUUUCAUAGAACUUUAAGCAAUGGUCUUCAGGGAAGUAUGAUUUUGGUCACCACUAGAUCUUCCAAAGUAGCUAACCUAGUCAGCAACAGUGAUCCCUAUGAGCUCAACGGACUGCAAAAUGAUGUUUUCUGGGAUUUCUUCAAACUAUGCGCAUUCAGAUCCAAUAGUUCUAGCAAUAGCCCAGAGCUGGAGCACAUUCGUCCAGAGUUGGAGCGCAUAGGUAAAGCUAUACUUCCCAAGUUGAAGGGUUCACCUUUGGCUGCCAAAACUCUUGGACGCUUGUUGAAAAGCAACCUAAGCAUUGAGCACUGGGAGGACAUAUUGAGAAGUGAAUUGUGGAAAUUGGAACAAGAGGAGACUGACAUUCUGCCAGCCCUUCGGCUGAGUUAUGUUUACCUGCCACGGCACAUGAAAAGAUGCCUCUCAAUCUGUGCGCUGUAUCCAAAGGAUCAUAGAUUUGAAAAGGAGUUUUUAGCAGACAUUUGGGUAGCACAAGGGUAUGUGGAGGCUGAAGAUGCAUCCUCUUGCUUUAAUGACCUUGUAAAUCGAUCGUUCUUUCAAAAAGCAGCUGGCCAGAAUAAUAUCUACGUAAUUCAUGACUUGAUACAUGAUACUGCACAGCUAGUCUCCAAGGAUGAGUGCUUCAUCAUACAACAUGUGAGUGACCUACCUAAAAUCCCUUCAAAGGUUCGCCAUCUGUCAAUAUUCACCAAUGGAAAUAUCAGCUGUACAGAAUUAGUGACUAUUUGCACACAAAAUAAAAAACUGCGGUCCCUAGUAUGCAAUGAAUCUUACAAAAGUAUUAAACAAUUUGCUCCCGUGAUUGACUGUUGGUUCAAGGAACUCCCGAGUAUCCAUGUAUUGAUUUUUAAAAUUUCAACAGUGAGAAAGUUACCUAAGAGCAUAGGCAAUUCAAAACAUUUGCGUUACCUUGGUUUAUUGGGAAGUUCUACUUUCGAGACCCUUCCUUCAUCUGUUAGUUGCCUAUAUCAUGUCCAGACUAUAAAUGCCAAGGGUUGUGUUUUCAAAAGAUAUCCUAAAGGUUUCAGUGAUCUGAUUUCCUUAAAGAAAAUUGAAUCAAAGGGCUUCCUAUAUAACAAGGAUAAAGAUAAGCAAUUGCUAGAAUGGUCCACAAAGGGAAUAACUGAUGAACAGUUACAGAUGACAAAGGAGCAGAUUGAAUUGUUACCUCAUUGGAAUCUUGAGCAUUUGGAAAUAGUGUCUUACCUAGGUCAAUCUUGCCCCAGCUGGCUCCGGCCAGACUGCCUGAAAAUGUGUCCAGACCUCAUCUCUAUUCUUGGUGCUAUAUCUGUCUCUGAAAUAGAGUCGGGUUAUAUAGAUGGUUGCCCCAAGCUGAUGGAGAUAAAACAGCCUUUCAAUUACAAGAGGCCACGACUGAUCAUUGGCGAUGUGCAGGCCAUGAAUAAUGAUGAGCGUUCAAGAUGA